AGGCACAACGUUUUCAAUGUUUCUUAAGGUAAGAAAAGUUCUGAAUUUUCAUUGCUUAGACAACAAGGGUGUGCGCGUGCAGAUGAGUCUAAUUUCCGCUUGCAAGAAGAAAUAGACUCCUGCACCGAGGCUAAGGCAACAACUGUUCAAGCGAAGCUAAGUAAAAAAAAAAUAAAAAAUUUGGUAAAACAGUAAAGUUGAGUUGUUGUAAAAGAGCACUAGUUAGCACUUGCAUUUCAGUCAUAUGUUUCGUAUGGGAGCGAGCCAUGUUUUCCUUUCCCAAAUUUUUCAGUUCCGCAAAAUCAUUAUCGAAGGCAAUGUUUUGUUCCCUAACAUGAAGAGACUUACAUGUCUUGAAAAUAAAGUUAAGAGAAGUAUAGAGUGUAAAUGUUAAAAAAGAGGAACGUAGAGACGGCAAUUUAUCAGUGGAAUUUUUAUGUUCAACAUUAGAUUUGAUUUGUGCACUUAAAAAUGUUGAGCUAUCAGUCUCGCUACCUGCAAGAAUCUGUAGGUAGUACGUCGCCAUCCCCUGCCCGAGAAAGGGUGGCUAAAACAUCGCCUUUCUGGUAUAUAACGCUGUAGGAAGUCGAUGGAAAAUGAUGUAUAUCUUUUUAGCUUACCGAAGUAAUAUAUGAACAUUUUCCUCAGGGCUGCCUAAUGGCUGGAUGCCUUAACGGAGGUUCUUGUUUGUUCGACGAAGGGAAAGAUGCGUUUGCUUGUUCAUGCAGUCCGCAAUGGAGAGGAGAAAAAUGCGAAACGGGUAGGUCGAAAUUGUUCUUGUUCCUUAAAUACGAUAGACAGUCUAGGAGAAGAGUGAAAGACGUACCCGGCUGAAAACGAAAUCACACAACUUUCUAUACUUUCGUGGCAAAUUUCUUUUAGAAGAAAGAAAAGAGUUAUAAUCUGCUGGCUGGUUUUCUCUGGCAACGUAGUUGAUAUAGUCCUGAGGAAUUAAUGUACAUCCCGUCUAAUAUAAGAAAAUAAUGUAACGUAUGAGACUUUGGCGUUUACCGUUAGCCUCGAAUGUGGAAAAGACAUUACAUUGGCAUGAUCUGGCCAAAUUUUAUAACAAUUACACAUAACGGACGUUUUUAUACAGAGAAUUUGCAUUCAUGAAUUAGAUAAUUAUUUUUGCUUAAGGCUUUUCGGCGAAACACUGGUCGAUCGUCCGACGAGGAAACCGCUAGGUUCUAAAUAGGAGGGUAAAUUGUUUUAAAAUAGUUAGUCGUAAAGGUAACAAAGUGACAUUGCGCAAACUUAGCACAAUUGAUAGCCAUGUAUAGGACAUUGAAAAAAUGCAAUAAAAAGAGGGGGUCACCUUGCUUGUUUUUGUUUUGUUAGGGCCGUUAUUCUUGAAAACCAUCAAAACAUUUUAUCAUUUAGCAAAAAAAUAUUACCACAGAAACCUCGAUCCUAUUUGUUUCUCGGGGACCAUAUAAUCUCUGGACUCCAAAUGCAGAGUUUCACGCCAUUUACUGUAUACAAAUAAUACAACUUCUACUAUCUUCUAUCUCCCUUUAAAAUAUUUUCUUUGAGUACCCAUAACAUUCCCAUAUAUUAUUGUGUUACCUACGAGUUUAAUCAUCAUAAGAAAUAGUCCCUCUAAGGGGCGUUACGUAUGUCCCUUAGUCUGAAUUUCAAAACCUGUCGUUUCUCGUAUUGAGGAGGAAGCCAUGUCGCUGUCAGGAUUUCACUAUUGUAUUUGUGCUUUUAUUCUCUGUCGCUGUAGCAGUUUCAACCCAUCUUUGGGUCGUUUGCCGCCAUUUCUGCUGCACUAUGUCGCUGUUUCAAGGCCAUGUUUUGCUUGUCGAAACUUAGCUCAACAGGACCUAAAGAAAGCAGUCAAACAAGAGUAAUAAACGGCGACCUACUGAAGGGUGGAGCUAUACAAAACACUACUGUUGUGUGGGCCUGAUGGGUUUAAAGUCUGAAAAUGAAAAAAGGAGUGUGGAAAUAAGACGAUACCAUUAAUGUUUUGUAUGCGCCUAAUAAACCUGCAUUGCCAGAAAAAUUAUGAACUGGUCUGAAAAUGUCACACAUCUCAACCCCCUGAACCUGGGGUCGCAUCUCUCUCCCCCGCGCCCUUCACGGGUUAGAAGGUGGGGACGAAUGACAUUUCAGAAUACGUAUAGACAUUAACGUUCAUGAUCCAGGGAUUAAUAAAGGAGCUAGUAUACAGAAGAAACACAUGUCCCUUUUGUAAGUACGUAGGGUAGCAAAUAACUAACAAACCAUCAGUUCCAUGAAGUGGUGUGUCGUCUGGCUUAGCCACUUCCCUUAUUGUGGCACGCAAUCUAAGAAAACGGUUAUCAUCAAAAUGAUUUUCUACCAAAGAUUUCAACAGACGACUGAAGGAAUCGUUCAGUAAAAAUUAUAUUAUUCUAAAUAAAUAAAUGCAUUCUUUUUAAUAUUUUGCAGACGUCAACGAGUGUGAGACACGAAAGCAUCACUGCGACUCCAAUGCUUUCUGUAACAACACUAAAGGCUCCUACAUUUGUACAUGCAAACCAGGAUAUACCGGAAACGGCGUUAACUGCACAGGU